GUGGACACCCGCCCAGCUAGGGGUGCGUGCGUGCAAUCUCUGCUUCACAGCCCUGGUCAAACAAUGGGAAUACCACGAACGGGAGGGUAAACCCAUCACAGAGAGAUUGUACUGGCUCAAAAGGAACGAUGGAAAAAGUUUCAUUGGUGCCGAAAUGUCCACCCAGGGCGAAUAUGCCACUCAGGUGCUCGGUCUAAAUCCGGAACACGUGCCUACCAGUGGCCGAUCGCUAACGCCUCAGUCGCAACAUAUGAGUUCUUAUGGUAGAAUCGAAAGUCCCAAUAGUUUAGCAAGGCCUCGGUCACAGGACCAUCCCGGAGCGGUUGGUCCUCUGCCUCAACAUUACCAAGUAGCUAGAAAUGAAAGUCCAAUCCGGUCUAGCUCGCGGAACGAAUCACCGCAGGGCAAAACCGAACCAUACCAUCCAACCAAGCGGUACAUCGAAAAUCACAUAAACAAUAGCGGAAGCUGUAGUCAACAGGGUUCGAGGCCUUCCAGUCGAAACGAAAAAAGUGUCACACCGAGCCUAUGUCGAGAGAAAACCCCUCACCGGUGGCGGUAGUUCCCAGCACAACGACAUCCGCCAUUACUCAGCCGGCAACGGCGUCACCAGUGCUGGCUGGUCGGUUCGAUGGCAUGAAAAUGUCCUCGUUCGCCCACCACAAACUGAAAAUUGGUAAUUACGCCAACUCACUGGCAGCAUCGGUACCGGUCUCCUCGGUUGCCACACCGUCUGCCAACAACGCGAACGAUAACAAAUCAACUUCGUCCACAUCGUCAUCGACGCAUCGGUUGGAGGAGGAAAGUGCACUGGAUUUGCGGAACCUCCCGAUGCCCGGCGCGACCGAUAUUCUGGACCUGUCGAUGCCGGACAAAAACUCGGUGACGGAAGUGUGCUACGUGUGCGGGGAUGAACAGAGGCGGGGCAGCUUGGUGGAAAUUUCCACCGUCAAGCCAAAGGAUGGCAAGGACCAGGAGAAACCGUACUUUCCGAUUUUCGACGAGACGCAUGCUAGACCCGCCCGUUCGCGACCGAAAGAUCCAAAGGGUAUGGUGCAAGCGUGCAAAACUUGCCACAACUAUCUGAUCAACCAGUGGCAUGCGUUUAAUGUAAGUUUCUCUUUUGAAAUGAUUAUUUGUUACAUUGUCGAUUAUUGGGGACUUUGGAGGGUUUGACGCGCUCAACUUGUU